AUGGUAAAACUCAACAAUGGUGGGUUUGAAGACAUUGUCAUUGCAAUCAAUCCUGCAGUAGCUGAAGACAACAAAAUUGUCAACAACAUAAAGGUAAGGUGGUUAGAUGUUUCUGAAUAUAUUGAAUCACUGUCCCCUCAGGGACCUGUGAUAUGCUGGGAAAAUGCAGUGUGCCUCAUGUAAGCAUAGGUUCCAGGGUGCUACUGGACACCCCUGUACCCAAGCAUAUAGGUGGGACCCAUAAGAAAAUGUCGAAGUGUGGGGUGCUGCUCUUCCCUGUUCUAUUCAGCUAUGCUUUCCUCCAGGAUAAUCCAAUCUACCUUCUCCUGGUCUCCGCCACAGUCCAUCAUUUAGUUUUCAUUAGGCUGUUUUUCAGGUGUGUCCCAAACCUCAUGGGGGUUUUCUUUUCCUGAAUAUUUUUUUUUCAUUUUCGCAAAACUUGUGGUGACUCCAAGCCUUCUUAUAAGUCCCUCUUGUGAAUUAAUGGCGCUGUUUUGGCUCUAUAAUUAAUGGCACUGUCAGCCUGAAAAUUGCGAAAAGAGGGAAGGAUGAUUAUGAAAAGCAAUGGAAUUCCUGAAGCCCAACAUGCUGAGCUAAGUGUGGUUUUGUUAGCUCUGUGUCAGAGGUAAAUACUCUGGGAUAAAUGUUGUGCUGGUUUUGACCAUUAGAUGUGGAAAUGCCCCAUUAACCAAUUAGAGCUGUGUGGGCACCAAUUAUCAGGAUAGUACAGUGGAACCUCGGGUUAUGUACCGUCCUCCUUGUGAACACUUCGGGUAACGAGCUCCGCUAACCUGGAAGUAGGUCUCCUGGUAGCAAACUUUGCCCCAGGAUGCGAGCAGAAGUCACAUGGUGGUGGCGCGGUGGCAGUGGGAGGCCCCAUUAGUGAAAGCGUGCCUCAGGUUAAGAAUGGUUUCGGGUUAAGAACGGACCUCCAGAACGAAUUACCGUAUUUUUCGCUCUAUAAGACACACCAGACCAUAAGAUGCACCGUUUCUGGAAAACAAGAAAAAAUAUUCUGAAUCCCAGAAGCCAGGACAGCCAGUGGGAUCGCAGCGCAGUGAUCCCGCUGGCUGUCCUGGCUUAUGGGAUAGCCGCGCGCAGCCUCUCCAGGGCAAGGGGAGCCUUCAUGGAGCCUUCACGGAGUGUGUGUGCUACUCUUGGGAGCUUUUACCCAAGAAGGGAGAAGGGCAGCCCUUCUCCCUCCUCAGGAAAAGCCCCCAAGAGCCGCACACAUGCUUCACGCAGCUCUUUAAAGGGAGCACAGAGCAGAGCCUCCCGACUGCAUUUGCUCCAUAAGAUGCAAGAUCCAUAAGACACACAUUUCCCUUUACUUUUUAGGAGGGGGAAAGUGUGUCUUAUAGAGCGAAAAAUACGGCAAGUUCGUAACUGGAGGUACCACUGUACGCGAUAUGGAAAUAAACUAAGGGGCAACAUAUAAACACACAACCUUUUUUAAAAAAUAAAAUCAAUCAAUCGAAAAGAGCUGUGGGGAACUAAAUUUAAGAAUGGAAAAGGGAUAAAUUGCGAAAAACCAAAACCAAAAUAUUCAUGCAUCUCUUGCCUACAUCAUUUUUAGUGCCAUACAAAGGCAUUUUAUUUUCCACAGCCCUCUUUCAGGUUUAACUGUGCUGUUUUUUAUCAGUAUUUUGAUACUGUUUGCUUUACAAUGAGCUAGAUCAUGGGAAGUUAGCUGAACUUUGGUCCCUUUAAAAUCAGUGCAGUUAGUUGGUCAUGGCUUAUGUCCCAUUAGUUUCAAUAGGAACUAAGUGCAACAAACAACACGUUCCUAUGCAUGUCUGUUCAGAAGUUUGAGUUCAAUGGGCUGUACACCCAGAUAAGUGAGCAAAAAUUGAAGCCUAACUUACAAGGCAGUCUAAGCUUGCCACUGCAUACCCUCCAACAUUUCUCUGAUGAAAAUAGGGACAUCCUAAGGGAAAACGGGACAUUCCAGGAUCAAAUCAGAAACUGGAAUGGCUUCCCUAAAUCAAGGACAUGCCUGGAAAAUAGAGACACUGAAUGGCCUGCAAUUCCUGUGCCAGAUCCAAGCUGGUGAGCAGAUCCCGGGCCUGCUCAGCACCACCUUGGCCUCACAAUGAUCUGUUUUGUUGCCUUUGGGCAGACUUUCCACCUGCGCAGGCGUUCAGUAGGCAGAAGGGGGAGUCCACCCUGGUGAAGCAGCACAACUGUCACUCUGGCACCAGUGGGAGACCAACUGAACCAGUGGAAGUGAGCACAGAGAUGCCAUUCAAGCCAAUUCUCCCAGCCUGGCAUAAGAGGGGAUUGGGUUACAGCCUUAGCGUGGAUUCAAACCUUUGUAUUUUUUUCUAUAUUGUAUUGCUUUAUUUGUAAAUGAAGAUGGAGAUAUUUUAGGGUGAAUUUGUCCUACUAAACAAAUUAUCAUAUGCAGUUUUUACUAGUGUGUAUAUAUGCAGAGAGAAUUGUUUUUUUCUUAUACCUACAUUUCUGUAGCUGUUUUCCCCAAUAGAUGCAUUUUUAGGGAACUACACUGAACAAUUCGGCAAAGUGCAAAUUCUGAAGGCUGGAGUGUUUGGGGUUCAUGUAUUGGUCUGGGAAAUGCAAAUUAGCUUCUCGUUAAAAUGCAAAUAAAGUAAAAAUUAACACACACACCCAUUCCUAGGGUAGGUGCUAGACAAGUUUUCUUGGGGAGACAAUUCCCAAAAUAUACGAAUAUCCCACUUGGGAAUUUUCUGUUAAUCGUCUCUUAGGCUUACUAAUGCCUUUUUCACUAAACAGAGAUGGUUGUAUACUCUAUGCAGUGCAAACAAGAAUAAGCAAUAUGGUUACACACCCAGAAAGUUAAGAGGCACAACUUUUCUCACUGCUUUCCACCAAACUAAGAAUGGUUUUGCUUAUUGAAUUUGUUUAUGGCAAGUUGCUGUGCAAACCAUUAGAGAAUAGGAGCAUAUUGAAGGGCAUCUAUUCUACUUAAAGAUUGGAGGUUAGGGAAGGCUGCCUAUCCCCCAAUCUUUUCAAAUGAAAUACCUCCAGGUUCAGGAGGGAGGGCAGAAAAGACCCAAUGCACAUUCUGCAAGUGUGAAUGAGAAUGCUAGCCACUGAACACUCAUUAUUUUCCUUGUAGGAUAUGAUUAAAGAAGCAUCUGCUUACCUCUUCAGUGCUACAGAACAAAGAUUUUAUUUCAAGUCUGUAAAAGUUGUAAUUCCUUUGACAUGGGCAGCAAAACCUGAAUAUGACAGAGUGACUAUAGAAUCCUAUGACAAGGUAAGUGAGGCAUAUGCAUUAAAAUUUAAAUGUGCUUGAGGGAUUUAAAAGAAUAUUGUGGCAAAUAACAAUAACAAUAAUAAACAUUGGGGCAGAAAUUGCAAAAUAAGACUGAUCUAAUAUUCGCUUGGGGUGGUGGGGAGAAUUCUUCAAAUAUUCCGGGACUUACAUUUUGGUAGCUUUAAUAGGGGCUGAGACAAAUUCAUGGAAAAUAUCCCUAGCCAUGACUGUGAGCCAUAAUACCUCAAUGUAACUUCUCAUUGAAAAGGAAGGAGUCUCUCAAUACUAGCUGUUGCUUUUCUGUCUGUCAGCUUCUAGGUAAUUGCUGUUAGAGUCAGGAUGCUGGACUUGUUAUUGUUAUUUAUUGCAUUCAUAUUCCGCCUUUCCCUCCAUGGGGCUUAAGGUGGCAUACACAGUUUAUCCCUCCUCAUUUAACCUGCACAACUGUGAGGUAGGUUAGGCUGAGAAGUGGUGAAUGGCCCAAAGUCACCCAGUGAGCUUCAUGACCAAGUGUGGGGGGGGGCUCAAAACCUGGUCUCCUAGCCCAGCCCUCUAAGCACUUCACUUGGUGCACUAUGCUUGAUGUGAUCCUGAGGGCUCUUAUGUUGUAACAUGUGACUGUAUACAUCUUUAUUGAAAAUUACACUGCAAUCCUAUAUAUUGGGCCUAAGCUCAACUGAACACAUCAUGUCUUCUUUCUGAAUCAACCUGCAUGGCAUGGGGCUGCAUGUCCCAUGAAACACGCAGGCGUUUACUCAAAAGAAAUAUGGAAUCCCAACGGUUUUUAAGAGAUUUUUGUUUCAGGCAAAAAUUUCCGUUCAACCCUACGGUCCAGAAUUGUGCCUUUCUAUGCAGAACAAAAAUCUGAGGGUGGUUUGCUGAGGCAAAACCCACCAUAUAGCAUUAAUAUCAAAGGUAUUUUGGUGAUCUUUCAACCAAGUUCUAUUUUACUUUAGGCUGAUGUCAUAGUGGCAAAGCCUUACCUGAAAUAUGGAGAUGAUCCCUACACCUUGCAGUAUGGCGGAUGUGGGAAACAGGGAAGAUACAUUCAUUUCACUCCUAAUUUCCUGACAAAUGACAGUUUGCAUGCUGUUUAUGGAUCACGAGGUAAGGUAAAGGUAAAGGGACCCCUGACCAUUAGGUCCAGUCAUGGCCGACUCUGGGGUUGCAGCGCUCAUUUCGCUCUAUUGGCCGAGGGAGCCGGCGUACAGCUUCUGGGUCAUGUGGCCAGCAUGACUAAGCCGCUUCUGGCGAACCAGAGCAGCGCAUGGAAACGCUGUUUACCUUCCCGCCGGAGCGGUACCUAUUUAUCUACUUGCACUUUGAUGUGCUAUCGAACUGCUAGGUUGGCAGGAGCAGGGACCAAGCAACGGGAGCUCACCCCGUCGCGGGGAUUCAAACCGCCGACCUUCUGAUCGGCAAGUCCUAAGCUCUGUGGUUUAACCCACACCCGCGUCCCGCGGAUCAUGAGGUAGUACCUGUUAAUUCAUCUUAAAUUAUUUGUAUUUAUUACUACAGUCUUAAAUAGUAAAUGUUUCAAAUGACAAUAAACAGAGCAAGAACUGAGAAACCAUGAAUGGUUUGGUUUUAUUUGCUUAAUAUCUCCUAAGUUUAUAUAAGGAAUUAGCAAUAUUUUCAUGUUGGGUUCAUCUGAACAUUUUCAGACCAUAAAAGCUUGCUUUCUGAAGCCAGCUGAACUUGUUCCUGUUUCACUUCAGGAAGCUUACUGUAUUUCCAUAUCGGCUCUUAAAAGCUUGUCAUCAACAAUUGGCAUAAAAUGUACAUAGCAGAGGAAUGCCCUUUUCUGUAAUAUCUUGAGGUUCACAGGGGAAGCCCAGUAGUAUCCCAUCAAGAAGUUGAGUAAAUAAUUUGGUUCUGGGUGAGGGAUCCAUAGUAUUUAGUACCCAGGACACGUGAAUAGUGUCACAAUUAGCUUUGUUAAUGGUCUUCCACAGGCAGAGUGUUUGUCCAUGAAUGGGCUCACCUCAGAUGGGGAGUCUUUGAUGAAUAUAACAACGAUGCACCUUUCUAUACUACUGGGAUAAAGCAAGCUGAAGCAACAAGGUACUGUCCAAAAUGUAUACCUCAAACUAUAUAACCAAUCCUUUAUGGCUGAUGUUUGCCUUGGACUUGUUAGUUUGGUUGUGGUAUGAAGAUUAACCUGUAAUUUGAUAGUAUUGUAGGGAAUACAGUUAAAUUCCCGACAGGGGGUCAAAAAUAAACAAGUUGAUGAAAUCAUUAAAAAUAUAUUUGUAAGUACAAGAUAGUAAUCCCAGAUGCAGAAGUCACUACAGAGAUCUCAAUACAUCUUUGCAAUCUUCUCUUCUUCUUCUUUGGUGAUCACUCGUAGCCGAGUAAGGUUGUCUUCCAUAAACACAGUCUUAACAGUGAGUCCGUAAGUGACUAUGGAGGCCAAUUCUGGAUCCACACGUCCUUCCACAGUGGGAACAUUGCUUUCCAGGCAGGAGUUGAUCACGGUGUAGAUUUGCCAAGCGUGCCUUCCUCCUAGCACAUUUCAAUACAGGCAAAGGUACAGCAUUGUAAAAUUAUAAAACCCAUCCCUUUGUUAUGUUAGUUUAACACAGUCAUAAAGCAUCCUUUCAGGGACACUAACCAAUUAGCAGUUUCUUUUAAAGACAACAAUCUUGCUGUUCUGGUUCUGACAGGAUACAGAAGAGUUUGCUCCUUAGGGGAAAGUGGGGCAAUGCUUUUCUCACCUGCCAGCCCCACAGUUAAUACCCACCCUCUCUCUCUGCCUCCCCUGCAUAAUUAUCAAUCAGCUCAUUCACUCAGAGUGCAACCCAAACUCCCCUCUCCUGACUGUGGGGCCUCCACAGUGGGGACCCCACCAUGGUCACACUGGCAGAAGGUGGGGAGCAGAAUGAUCAACUUCAUACAUAAUGUCUAAUAUUCUUCCAUAACCCUUUUAAAUAUUUUGUCCAGAAUCAGCCUGCUAAGUCCUGAUUCCCAUUUUUUAUAUAUGAAUGUCUAAGCGUUGCAUGAUUAUUUGUUAUAUUUCUCCAAGAAACCCUUGCAAUUAAAAAAAAUGAGUACAAUCUCUAUGAGAUCCAUAUAUAGACUUUUUAACUAACUAUAUUUGCUUCUGUUAUACUGAUUAGAUGCUCUGCUGGUGUCACUGGUCAAUAUAUAUUCCCAAUUAGCCCAGGAAAAACGAGAAAAUGCAAAGUUGAAAGCCGAACUCAGCUGUAUGAAGCUGGAUGUCAGUUCAUUCCAGACAAAACACAGACUGCUCAAGCAUCUAUAAUGUAUAUGCAAAGUCUCUCUUCAGUAAGUAUGUGUAAUGUCAAUUGGAAGCUAUAAGUUUCCUUAUUUAGUGUCUGUCUUGAAAAAUGCAAGAUGUUGUCCAUACUCAACUUUGGCUAAAUUAAAUAUUAUUUCUUAAGAUUAUAGUUUAAAUCCUGCCACUAAUAUAAAACAACUUCAAGAUUCUGCUGGCUGUUUCACUAAGGUUGGGAGAAACUGUGUUUCCAAAAAAUCAUGGUAUUGUAGUUGGGUAGGAGAGCUGGAAAAAAAAUAUCACAUCUGACAAGCAUUGCACCCCUUUGGUUUCAGAUAGAACAUGGGUAGACAAGUCCAAAAAGCCCAGGGCACAACUUUUCAUGGCCCUCUAGCGGCUAUGGUGGCUCAUUUAGCAUUAAUUCUGGAAGUGUAUAUUCAAUUCUGACCAAACUAAGCCUCCUGAUAUAUAUUUUGCUCUAGGAGUACAGCAGCCAACUCCUAGGGGCCAAGGUCCCUUCAGGCUCCCCAAUAAAAUAUUUGAGUGGGCUGCCCCCCCCCCAAGUUGAUGGGCAUUGCCAUUCAAAUGGUGUGUGUGCCACGUCUUGUGAUUGAUUAUGCAGGACGGGGCUUACCUGUUCCUUCCACCCCCCAAUAUUUUAUUCAGGUUGGCACCCUUGUCUAAAGAGGCUUAGUUUGGUCAGAAUUGAGUAUUAGCGAUUAGGCUGCCUGUGGAAGAAGGGGCCUGCUACCUCUAUCCCCAAAGGGAACCGCUUCUUCCCUGUUCUGGGAUGCUGGAAAACCAGGGAAAGCACUUAGCUACACCCAAUACAGGCCUCCUCCUCCUCGUUUAGUCAAGCUUCAACAGCUGCCCAGCUAUUUCUCCCUCACCCUUCCCUCUGAAAGAGUACAAAUUAAUGAGAUACUCUUGUAGCUACAGGGGAAGCAGAGGAAGCCCCCUUAUUGGUGCUCAAUUGCCUUGUAAAGAGAUGGGAUUCUGGGCAGAGGCAGUUUUAGAGUGCUGCAACUGGUGCAACUGCACAGGGUGCCACACUGCGGGGGGUGCCAAAUGUUGUAGAACAGAGCAUGAGAGGCAGGGAGGGCAAAUUUUAGCAUCACACAGAGGGCUGCUGAAAUCCGAGAGCCCAAAGUCUGCCACUGACCUGGGUGCCACACACAAGCACUGACACUCUAUGCUGCAAACUUAUUAACUCUGUUGGCCAUGGGAUCAGCAGGUGAACAGAAACAGGCUCUUUGGAGACGCUUGCCAUUACAUUUUUUUGUGAGAUAAAAGGCAACAAAUGCCUACAAAGAAAAACCCACAUAGCACCCUACAGCCAUUUUUUUAUGACAAAGAAUGUCCACCUUCACAGCACCACUUCAUAAGGAAAUUGCUAAGAAGUGUGUGAUUUUGACCAGUUCUCCUUCUCUUUUAUUUAGGUUACUCAGUUCUGUAACGAAAGCAACCAUAAUAUGAAAGCAACAAAUAUGCAGAAUAAACUCUGCAACUACAGGAGCACCUGGGAAGUAAUUACGAAUUCUUCUGACUUUGACAAUUCAGCUCCAAUAACUGUCCCUCCACCUGAUCCUACUAUCUCCUUGCUGCAAGCACAAGACAGAGUUUUGUGUCUAGUACUUGAUGUUUCUGGAAGUAUGGCUUCGGUGAGUGUGUGUUUUCCAUAUCCAUAGAAAAUAUUUCCUUUUUAUUUGAUUGUUUGUUUGAUUUUUAUUAAAAAAUUAUUAACUUUUCUGUUAUACAAUUUAAAAUACUCAUUUUAACAACCUUGAAAUAUCAGUGAUUUCCCUUCUUCUCUUUCCAUGGUUCAUUUUGCAUAUCAUAGAUUCCUGCAUAUUUUAUAAAAACUAAAUCAUUCAAUAUUCCAUUAAUACAUCCAUCAAACAUUGAAAAUGUUGUCUAUGAGAAUAAAAGAAAAUCAUUAUAAAUUAGUUUGGAGAUGGUACUUAACACCAGUUAGUUUAAACGAAAUAAACAAGGGAUAUUCAACGUUCUGUUGGAGGGGAUGCUAGGAAACAGGGAAUUAUGUUCAGAUGUGGUGGGGGUGUAAAUAUGUAAAAAAAAAAUUGGCAAAGGGUGUUUAAGGAGAUAGUAGAAAUCACAGGGUUAAAGCUGACCAAAAGUCCAGAGGUAGCACUAUUAUCAAUUUAUGAUGGGGUGGAAGGUUCACAGGCUUGCUCACACAUUUAUUGACAGCCACAUGAAUCAUUAUAGCUAGGAAAUGGAAGGGGCAAUUAGAAUAUAAAAUUGAAGAAUGGUACAAAGAGGUUUGGGAUACAGUGGUACCUCGGGUUAAGAACCUAAUUCGUUCUGGAGGUCUGUACUUAACCUGAAACUGUUCUUAACCUGAAGCACCACUUUAGCUAAUGGGGCCUCCUGCUGCUGCUGCGCGAUUUCUGUUCUCAUCCUGAAGCAAAGUUCUUAACCCAAGGUACUAUUUCUGGGUUAGCGGAGUCUGUAACCUGAAGCAUCUGUAACCUGAAGUGUCUGUAACCCGAGGUACCACUGUACUCUUGAGCACAAGGCCACUCGAGAAAGGUGCAGAGGGGAGAGAUAUCUUCGAUCACCACAGCCAACUGGAGUGGCAGAGCCUUUCCCGCUGGGCAUUCUAGUCUGCUUGCCUCCUCCUACUCUGCCCACCCUACAGCUGUGGGAGAGGCUGUGUAUGAUCUGUUUUUUGUGCGCGGGUGGUGCAACAUUACACAGGAGCGCAAGGCGUGAUGUUUCAAUGAUGUGGAAGGCGCAGGGGCGGUAUUACUUCAAUCGCCGCACUCCUCCUGUGUAACGUUUCACUGCCCGCGCACAAAUGAAGCCACGCAAAAACUCCGCACGGCAAAAACGGACUACCUAAAGGUGAAAAGUGCUAAAAGUAAUUGAGAAAAAAGCUUCACCACUAUCUCCCCUUCCCAAAAAGAAGCUCAACUCUGCCCUCCAAAAAGCACGAGUUAUUGCUGGUGAGGGAACAGCCGAUAGGAGGCAUGUUGGACUCCUGCGGCUGUUAGCCUCUGGGAAACACCCCCCCCCCCCAUUUCAACAAGUCAGGGCAAUUUCCCCCCAUUUUCUUAAUUUGGAGUCCCCAAAAAUAGGGGGAGUCGUAUACAUGGGGGCAUCCAAAACACGGGAAAAAUUGGUACAUUCCAACAGGUCUCUCUCCAGUUGUGAUAUAUGUUCCCCAAACCAUCCUAUCCUAUCUUUCCUAAAUACUUCGUUUAAAUCAUAUUGUACCCAUGUUAAUUUUCCUGAUAAUUCCUUGAAUUAUUUUGAUAAUCUCCUCCCUCAUUUUAAUAAAUAAGUUGUCCACCCUUCUAUCAUAUUCUUUUUCUUUACCACAAUAGCUUCCAACAGUGAGAACCAAAGUGUUUUUACCUCUACUAGAAUUUUUUAUUUUGGUAUUUCUUUAUAUUUUUUCCUAAUUAUAACUAUCAAUUUUUUAUUUGCUCCCUGCGAAGCACUGACAACUCUAUGGAUGUUGUAUUUUAAUUGAUAUGCAGAGCAAUCGCAUCACCCGACUGAAGCAAGCAGCAGAAAUAUUCCUCCUACAGAUUAUUGAAGCGGGAUCCUGGGUUGGAAUUGUCACAUUCAAUCAUGUAGCACAAAUUGAGUCCGAUUUGCGACUGAUCAGCAAUGACAGUGUGCGCCAAACACUUACAGCCUUACUUCCUACCACAGCUAACGGAGGAACUACCAUAUGUGCUGGAGUGCGAACAGGAUUUCAGGUAAAUAAGUUUUUCCAGAUUCUUAUGGUGGUGCAGUGGGAAGGAUUUGGGUCCAGCAAAGCCAUCCAGAAUCAGCAUGUGAGCAAGAAACGCAUCAGAUAUGCUACCUCUGAAUACUAGGUUGGGGGAAGCACAAUUUUCUCAUUUGCCUCAGAGAGCAAAAUUUAUUUGGCCAGCCAAGAGUGCAGACAUGUGUUUCCAAGGAAUGCUAUGGCAGUCAUAGUUGAAGAGUACCUAGGGAGAGGGUGGAAGAACCCAUUUUGAUUUUGCACAUAUUUGCUUUCUUUUAAAAUUAGUGAAGUAGCAAAUGCUACUUCAACUGGAAAAAAUAUCACACCCAUCUCACCAAAGUCUACUUCUGUCACAGGUAGAAAAUUAGUCCACACUUUUGUCACUCAUCUACAAUGCAACACAACACACUUGAAGAGGUUUGCAGCAAGUUUCUCUUACACCUUAAGCACAAAGUGUCCCAUUGCUUCUACAUCACUAGUUGCUGCUAAAAUGUUAAAUCCUCUUUUUCAUACAGGUGAUUUUAAAAAAGUAUCCAAAUACCAAAGGCUGUGAAAUCGUGCUCUUGACAGAUGGAGAAGAUGGCGGUAUAAGCUACUGCUUUGACGAAGUUCGAAAUAGUGGGUCCAUAAUUCACACAAUUGCUUUGGGACCAAACGCUGCAAAAGACCUAGAAACGUUGGCAAAUAUGACAGGUAAGUGAUUAACCAGAAUGCCUUACAUUAACUCUUUGGUGCUACUUGGUGCCAGUUGGUGUCUCCAAAAAGGAGUUUAUCACAAGGUCAAUCCAGCAGCAAAAAAACCCCUUUAAUUUACACACAAUUUACUCAGGGAGCCAAGUAAUAUGUGUGUUAGUUGAUGGAUGAAUUUAAAGGACAUUGAAUCAGGAGACUGAUGUUGGUAUAGGUUAUUAAUUUGCAGAAAUGAAUUUAUUUAAGAUGACUUUAUUUAGAUAAUGAUGUGCAGGGCAAUGAAUGAGAACUGCACUGAUUUGGAGCAGGAUCUGUUUGAAAAUUAACUGAUUUGGAGUGAUCUGGGGUUGGGUGCAAAGUAUCUUAAGAACCUGAAUGAGAUUAUUUGGAUUGGUUGACUUGCUUUUGUGACAUUUGAAGUCUAAAUUUGCUUCUAUACAUAUAAAUCAGCAUUUGCAAAUUUAUGUAAAUUUGUAGCUAUGGGCCUCUGCCCCAAAUGGUUUAAAUACCUACUCAUCAUAAUCCAUACCUAAGAUUGCAAAUUUUAUACUUCAUUGUAAUCUUUCAACAGCUAGCCAGUUGUGAAUAUCUGAUUUAGAGGAACUGAGAAAAAAGUGGUUUCUGAUUCUUUUUAAUACAUACCACAGUAUAAGAGAAACUAAUUAAGUUCUCACAAAAGUCAUAGAUCCUGUUCCAUCUGUAAAUAUGUGCCGUAAUGGGCUGUUGGGUGUGUACAGUUCCCAGGGACACCAACAUGGGGUGCAGGUAUGAUACAUGCCCAAGUCAGAAGGGUGCCUGAACUCCUGGCUUUCUUUUUUUUUUUUUAAAGUCAAUUGGAAAUCCAUAAAGUUAGAAAGCAAAACAUGGAGGCAAAUAUUAGGCCAAAACAGGGAAGCUUCUGUUGCUAAGGAUGCUUAAUCACUGUUGCUAAGCAAUCAGCAUAAGGAACACUGACCACUCCUGCCACCAGGGACUGUGGAGAGGUAGGGGAGCAUACUGGGCCCUGUAAGUCCUGUCAGCAUCCUUAUCAGUUCCUAACAUUAAAAAGCUGCAGCUACCAUUCAGAACAGUGUUUAUGCAACCAUACUGGAUAUGCUACUACAAGACACAGCAAUACAUUUUAUUCCAUCUGAUAGAUAACUCUAAUUAUGAUUUCAAUUGUAUUUCAGGAGGUUUGAAAUUUUCUGCCACAGACAGUUUGGAUUCCAAUGGCCUCAUAGAUGCUUUCAGUGGAAUUUCUUCAGAAAGUGGAAAUAUCAGUCAACGAUCGAUUCAGGUCUGGAUUACAAAGAUUUGGGUGCAAGCAGUAGCCUAUCGUAAUGAUUCUUAUUAUCUUAAAAUUACUAGGCACUGUACAAAAAUUGAAAACAACAGAGUGUGACAUCAACUCUACAGCCUGUGAUUUGCUCUUAUUGUACAGAGCGAGACCCAGGUAGAAUUUGCAGAGAAAGGCUAAUUGCAGAGGCAGAUUUUGGCAGAAAUGAAACAUUUCAAAAUGUACAGGUCCGGUACAAAGAGCAACCAUUCUCCCACCUUUGUAAAAUAGGGCACAGCUGAGUCUCCUAUCCCCCUUUCCAUGGGCUACACCUAGAGGGCGAGUAGGGAGGCCACUGACCCUGCUUCCCCAGGGGGUGAAGGUAGGAAAUCCCUAAUUCAAACCCAUAUGCAAGUUGGGGCAAAUUUGGCCAUACCCCCAACCAGUAGGAGCCCACAAAUUAGUAAUACCCUAGCCAGGCCAUCCUCAAGCCUGAGUAUGGAGUGCAAACUCCCCUCGAGUUGCUUCUACAACUGUUUUGCUUGCUAGGUCCAUGCAUGGAGACAAAGCUGGUGGUAUCUCCUGUCCAGGUGAAUUCUUGUUUACUUCUCUUCCUCUGUGGCAGGUGUGGUGAUCCUUUGGUCCUCCAGAUGCUAUUGAAAUACAACUCCCAUCAUGCCUUGAGCCAUGCUUGCUGGGGUUGAUCGGACGUGCAGUUCAUCAACAUCUGGGAGCAAACUUUCCCUACCUACCCCUGGUCUAUGAAAUUAGAUUUGUGUCUUCCAGUUUCAACCUCUUGUUUCUGAUCACUGAUUGGAUUUGUCCUAGUUUGUUUGUUUUUUACUCAUUACUGUUUUCAGGUAUCCUGCUAAUAACACAGCUUUGUGUUGAAUUCAAAGACACCAUCAAAAUGUUAUUAUUGAAAUUUAUAUACCACACUUCACCCGAAGAGCACAGGGCGGUUGUUGCUUUUGCACUGGAUUUUUGUAUUUGUCUAUCAGUUGAAAAUUUCCAAGGCAGCAAACAACCAAUAAAAAUCCAUAAACAAUUGCAAUAAAUAUAUUUGGUGGAGAAAAAACAAUUACGGUAUCUGCAUGGAGUAGCUUAAGCAUGCCAUAGCUUAUGUAUGGAAAGGGUUGCUGAGCUGGAGUUGCAAUGGUUCCUACCUGUUUAGCUGUAGCUGCUUAUCUACGUUUCCUCCAUGUUUUUAACAAUGAAACACUGUAGGAUAUCAGUUUUAUCCCUGUUGCACAAACCAUGAUCUGCAUGGGACAUGGGAAAUCUCCUUGUGGCUGUACCAGCAUUUUUAUUAAUGCCUCUUUAUUAUGUACUUUUUGUUCAGCACGUCUAUCCACUAUGAAUUCACCUUCUAGGCAAUGUACUGACCCUGACUUCUUUACUAUUUUUGAAAUAAAACAUCUGCUUACCUGGGAGUCCAGGUGGGCAGCUAUUGCUGCAUGGUGCGGGCAAGGUGGGUGCAGGGGGCUGCCAUCUUCUGGUGCGGCUGGGGGAUGGGAUAGCUGACACUGCCCACCUCUGGCUGCACUGGACCCUUAGGUAAGGGUGGGCAGUGCUCGCUCAGCCAAUCAGAGGCUGAGGCUUGGGGGCUGCGAGCAGCCCACCCUAUUUAAAAUUAACUGUAUGUAUUCAGUUUAUAAAACUUGCCAGGUAUAUCAACUUACCUAAUACACACCAGCUUGAAGGUAAAGCAUAAAGUGCCAGUUUCAAAGAUUGGCUGGCAUAUUAAGUUCAUACUAUUUUCCUGCUAUAGUAUAAUGCUUAAAGGUAACGGCGGGACGCGGGUGGUAAUGUGGUCUAAACCACCGUGUCUCUUGGGCAAGCCAAUCGGAAGGUCAGCAUUCAAAUCCGCGUAACAGGGUAAGCUCGUUGCUCUGUCCCAGCUUCUGUCAGCCUAGCAGUUGAAAAGCAUACCAAUGCAAGUAAAUAGGUACCACUGUGGCAGGAAGGUAAAUGGUAUUUCUGUGCGCUCUGGCAUUCAUCAUGGUGUUCUUUUGCACCAAAAGCAGUUUAGUCAUGCUGGCCACAUGACUGGGAAAGCUGUCUGUGGACAAAUGCCAGCUCCCUGAAGGAGUGUCUUCACCCCCAUCGGUCGGUCCGGACACUGAGGUCCAGCGCUGAGAGCCUUGGUUCCGAGAAGCUAAGUUACAGGGAACCAGGGAGAGGGCCUUCUCAGUAGUGGCGCCUGCCCUGUGGAAUGCCCUCCCAUCAGAUGUCAAAGAAAUAAACAACUAUCUGAUGUUUAGAAGACAUCUGAAGGCAACCCUGUUUAGGGAAGUUUUUAAUGACUGAUGUUUUAAUGUAUUUUUAAUCUCUUGUUGGAAGCCACCCAGAGUGGCUGGGGAAACCCAGCCAGAUGAGCAGGGUAGAAAUAAUAAAUUACUAUUAAUUAUUAAUUCUUUUUAUUAUUAUUCUUUGGCCAGAAAAGCGAGAUGGGUGUUGCACCCCAUAGUUGCCUUUGAAUGGACUUAAUCAUCUACGGCUCCUUUACCUUUUUACCUUUAACCAUAAUGCUUAACAUUUUGUUUGUUUGUUUUAAUACCAACAGCUUGAAAGUAAAAGUCAUAGCGUCGGUUCCGGAAGGUGGUUUGAUGGUACUGUAACAAUUGAUAAAACAGUGGGAAAUGACACUUUCUUUGUCGUUACAUGGAACACAAGCAUAUAUCCACCAGGAAUUCUGCUGAUAGAUCCCAAAGGAAAGAAGUACACCCACAACAACUUUGUCAUUGAUAAUACAAAUGUCCGAACAGCUCGACUCAAUAUUAGUGGAACUGCAGAGGUAAAAUCCCAGCUCUCUGUGCAUCUAACCUUGCAAUUACUAGUGUGCCUUUUCCACAUAGAAAAUAUGGAAAUGUCUAUCUUGUAGAGAUUUAUGGAACUACAGCUGUGCUAUUAAAGGGUUGUGCCAUUACAGGUAAAGUAGCAUGAUAGAUUAUGCAAGUGUGGAAGAACCAUCUUCUAUGUAGGAUUUUGAAAUGGUCUUAAAGACCUUCAAUAUUCCAAAUUAGCAUUUUCCCCACCCACAAAAUAUGAUUAAGAGGGUUGUGUCUGCAAAGUCCAAAGCUCUAAAAUGGUUCAUGAAGUGUGUUAAGGCCCCUUCACAGCUGCCACUCGAAUCUGUGCCAGCUUUGCUGAAGUUGAAUCUCACUGGGAAGUUGCACAAGCUUCCUUCUUGGCUCCCUGAUCCUAAUGCUCAUUUGGGAACUGAGGACACUUCCCUGCUCCUGCCCACAUGAGAUAUCUAGAAUAUCAUUUGCCAAUGUUUUGGUAGCUAAGGUGUAUUUUUUCUAAAUAAAACUUCAAGGCCCACUUCCCUCUUCUACCCCUCAAGGGCUUAUUUUUAGAGUGCUAAAUUCAAACACACAGCAAAUGGAGUAUACUCACGCACAUGCAUACCAAGGUCCUCAGGUAGAGAUCCUGUAACAAAAAGGGCAAAGGGUGAGGCUUGCUGACAUGUGUUGCCUCUUUGGAUUUCUGCUGUUUAAGUCUUCUCGGCAUUGUAAUCCAUUCCCAGUUGGUUUCUUCCAAUUGGCCUUCUUGGAAUUGGUCUUAUCAGGUCCACUUGGUCUUUUCCACCAUUGGCUUCUCCAUCCCAUACUGCCCUCUCUGCCUUGGUUUUGAGCAGAAACUGUUUUUAUAGUCACAUGUUCUGGGGAACAAAACCCCUUUCCCAUAAAAUCCAUAUUGCCAAUGGGCGUCUGCCAAAAUCCUGGUUUGAAUUGUCUCAGUAUUUUCAUUUCCUAGUUCAUCCUGUGCACAGGAUGACACUGCUGCCAGUACCCAUUUUUCUUGGUACAUUUUUCAUAAAAGACAUACUGUACCAUCUUUAUGAAAACACAACAACCAAAGGAAAAGCAAAUGUAUUUCUCCAAAUUACUUAGAUAUUGUAUAUUGAAUAUUCUUCUGUAUUUCAACACUUGAUCUGCAGGUGGGAGACUGGGAAUAUUCAUUUCAGAAUACACAUUCAACAGAGCAAAUCAUAUCAAUAACGGUAACCAGUCGACCAGCAUCCGUAUCUGUGCCUCCAGUUCUUGUGAAGCCCUAUAUGAAUCAAGAUACCAAUAAAUAUCCUAAUGCAAUGGUCAUAUAUGCAGAAAUCAGUCAAGGUUUCUUACCUGUUAUUGGUGCAAAUGUCACAGCCAUAGUUGAAGAUGAGAAAGGAAAAACUGAAGAGCUUGAGCUUUAUGACUAUGGUUCAGGUAAGUAAUUAUUGCAGCAUGCAUUUUGUUAUUUUUUCCCACUGACAACCAGUCUUUUCUAAUUUGACAUAGUGGCCUCCAAGGCCUCUUAGAAAGGUAUUUUCAAAACCAGCCAUGUGUGCUCCCUCAGAUGCAUUGAGCCAAUAUCCCCAAUUGGAGCCUACUGCAAAGAAGGCCUGCUCUCUCAUACCCAUCCCUCAGACACAGCACACAGAGAAAGGCUUCAGGUGAUGAUUCCAGGGUGUGGACAGGUUCAUAUGGGGAAAGGUGGGCCUCUUAGUGGCACCCACCACAAGCUUGAUAAAUCUCCUGAUUUUGCUGACUGUGACUGCAGAAAAUGAAGUAUGCAGCAAGUUCUAAUACAUGUUAUUGUAUUAUGUUUGGUUUGGUAGGUCAUGAGUUGUGCUGGCUUGUGUUAUACAGAUAUUAUUAACCAGUCCCUUAUGAUUCCAUACUAUCACAUUAAGUCAGGCAUUUUCUAUUUCAUGAAAACAGGAGCAGUUACUAUGAAAUAAACAUCUCUUGCAUGUGUUAUGUAGGGUUUAUAAUGACCACAAGUGAGAGGUUUGCUUUGGAUGUUAAGUAUUAAUAUUUAUGUUCUCAGGUGCUGAUAUACUCAUGUAUGAUGGAAUCUACUCAAGGUAUUUCACAUCAUUCACACAGAAUGGUAGAUACAACUUAAAAGUGCGUGUCCAAGGGAAAGACAAGAAUGUCAGAUUGGUCCGUAGACAGAGUCAAGCACUCUAUAUACCAGGUUUUGUGGAAAAUGGUAAGGAUUCAUUAUGAAAAAGCAUUUACUAGUAAUAUGUAGCUCUAGAGUUCUCAAAGUAUGGGUAUCUCGAGAGAAAUGAAAACCUUUCCCUGCCAUUCCCCUCCCCACUGUCAACCUUAUGCAGUUUUUAGAUUUAAUACAGAUAUUGAGUACACAUCUCUGACACCAGCGCAACAGUGGUGAGCUCUCGUUGCCCUGUCCCAGCUUCUGCCAACCUAGCAGUUUGAAGCAUACCAGUGCAAGUAGAUAAAUAGGUACCGCUGUGGUGGGAAGGUAAACGGAGUUUCCGUGCACUCUGGUUUUCAUCACGGUGUUCCAUUGCACCAGAAGCGGUUUAGUCAUGCUGGCCACAUGACCCGGAAAGCUGUCUGUGGACAAACACUGGCUCCCUCAGCCUGAAGCGAGAUGAGCACCACACCCCAUAGUCGCCUUUGACGGGACCUAACCGUCCAGGGGUCCAUUACCUUUUACAACUCUGACACAGUCUAUUCUACUUCUUGAUUGAAUGCAGAGCCUGCUCAACAAUGAGGCAGGGUGAAGCACCUGCCACAGGUAGUAGAAACACAAGAGGCAGUGCCCCACCCAUGCCACUGCUUCUGUCACCAUUGGAAUGUCCCACUGCCAGCAAGAGGGAAGUAUUCUGGCAAGUGGCAUUGUUGCUCAUCUUCCCUGCCCCUGCAGUGGCCGCGUUAGUAGAACAUCCUGAUUCUCAGAGUUUGGCAAGAAGGGGGCGUUCUUGCACACAGUGUUGCCACUCAUCUUCCCCACCCUGGGGCAGAGAAGAUGAAUUUGCAGAAUGCCCCUCAGGUGGUGAAGCAAGCUGGGCCACUCCUCGCUGAAUAUGUUGGGAAUCAAUGGAAAAAUUCCCUAAGUUUUUAGGCUUUAAAAUAUUAUUCUGGCAUCCUUCUUCUGGAAAAUACCUACAAUGCAUCUACACUCACACAAAAAACCCCACACAUACCCCAACUGUCACAGAAGAGUUUAAGACAUGCAAAAAAUUGAAAAGAAGUAGGAAAACUAAGUAGAAGAAUAUUGUCAAAAUUUUAGAAAUAAAAAUAAGUUUUGCAAAACUGGCAGUUAAGAGUUGGUGGAACAUAAAACUGUUGUGGAGAAAGACUGGCAAGUUAAUAAGAGUACAGAUUUGAGGGAACUACAGCAGAAUUGCUCAGUAGACCGAAUUACAGUUGGGAUAGUGAAAAUGUUUUAGAAGAAACACAAGUACUAUAGUUUUCUGCAUACUGAAUUUUAGUGAUUUAUUGACAGCCAUGAAGAGAUACCUGUUAAGCUUGUCAAGAACUGAAAUUGUGACUGGUAGUAUAGAGCUGGGUAUCCUCUGCAUAGAAAUACUGUAAACCAAAUGAGGGGACAAGAGAAGCUAAGGCUGGCUAUAUAGCGAAAAAUAGGUAUCUACUGCAGAUUAAUAACAAAUCAUAAAAUUGUAGAGUUGGAAGGGACCUGAAAGGUCAUCCAGGAAUCACAGCCAAAGAAUCUCUGACAAAUGGCCAUCCACCUCUGCUUAAAAACCUCUAAUGCAGAGAGGGUUCAUCCUGGUAUUUCUUCAGUUUGUCCCAAUCUGCAGAAAAUUGAUGUUUAUUUCAAUUCAGCAGUAAAGCAUGUUUUUUCACAGGGAACAUGGCUGGACAAAAUAAAAUCCUCUUGGACUUGUGCCGAGAAGGCACUGGACAAACAGAAUGAACCUUGGAUCAAACAGAAGUGUGGAUGAGCAUAGUCUAGAACAUUCUGAGGUGUUCCGUUCCACUGUUGAACAGCUCUCACCACCAGGAUGUUCUUCCUGAUGUUCAGUUGGAAUCUCCUUUCUUGUAGUUUGAAUCCAUUGUUUUGGGCCCUACCUUCUGGAGCAGCAGAAAACAAGCUUGCUCUAUCUUCCAUGUGAUAGCCCUUCAGAUAUUUGAAGAUGGCUAUCCUAUCACCUCUUAUACAUGCCUUGUCUUCGUUUUGUGUUUGCACACAAGGAAAUAAAUCAGACAGACUUUCAGAAUAUUGAGAACGUUUGCAGAGAUUCUAGUUACAUCUUAUGACACAAUUUUUCUUUCUUUCUUUGGAAGGUGUAAUAAAAAUGAACUCACCAAGACCUGAAGCUACUGAGGAUGAAAUCCAAGCAAACCUAGGAAGUUUCAGCAGAGUUGCAUCUGGUGGUUCUUUUGUGGUAUCAGGAGUUCCUAGUAAUCCCACAGAUGUCUUUCCACCCUGUCAAAUCACUGACCUUGAGGUGGAGCUAGCUGCCGAUGAUGACGAAUUCCUUUUGUCGUGGACAGCUCCUGGGAAUGACUAUGACGUAGGACAAGGUAAGUGUGGAAUCCUGUUUUAAUCAACCACUAUGACUCCCUUGCUUAGAUAUAUAUUUAAAUAUGGCAAAGGAGGGGUUUAUACCAGAAUUAAUCUCCCUUUAAUAUGCUAGAAUAGCAUGACACCGUUGCUCUGGGAAGACUGCAGUUCUAGCAUCCUUAACAAACUACUGCUCCCAAGAUUCUUUGGGCCAAGUCAAGUGUUUGACUGUAUGGUUUGAACACAGACAUUGCUUUGUUUUAGUCCAGAAGGAUUCCUAGGUAUAGAAUAUGCUUUAUUUGUUUGGAGGUGUAGCUGUUUUUCCUGUGUUGUGGGGGCAGGCAGGUAGAGCCACAUUAGUUUUUCUUCUGUGGAAUGAGUUGUUUUCGAUGCCUGUAACAGUGCUUAGAUUUCUAAAUGUCCCCCUGGACCAAAAAUGGUUUUGUUUUGUUUUUUUUUAUAAGAUAUUUAUUAAGGUUUUCAAGAUUUUACAAAACGCACAAAGAAAAAAAAAUACAAAGUAAAAAUAUUUAAAAACAAUUCAUUCCUUUCAUUGCUUGACCUUCAUUUGCUAAUUUCCAGGCCCUCCUCACACCUUCCUUUUUUGUAUUCCAGUUCAGUUAUUUCGUUCAGUAAAUCCCUCCCCUCUUUAUGUAUCCUAGUCCUUAAUCACAAAAAUAUUGUAAUUUUAGAUUUUUACAUAUUAAUAAACCCUUUUUUCAUAUUCCCUUAUGACCUUUCAGCUAAAGACCACUUAGUUUCUAUCCAACAAUGGUUUUGGACACUCCUGACAAAUACCAUGCUUUUAAAUUAGCAUGGAAUGACAGCUGAUCUUAACAGCUUUGACAUGGUGGCCAUGUGAACCAGCGUGUGCCCUGGAAUAUUUUCCAGUCUUCUGCCACACACAACGAUGCAAUGGCUGGUAUGCAAUAUGCUUAGGGUUCCUGGAGGAUAGGAAGUUAUGCACUGAUAGGCUUGUCACUGUUUCCUUGAUCCAUGUUUGAAGAUGUACAUCUAACGCAUGUCUGUUGUGGGUCCUUUAUUUUGCAGCUGAACGAUAUGAAAUAAAAAUGAGUGAAAAUCCCUUGGAAUUAAGAGAUGCAAGUUUUGAUAGUGCCACUUCUGUGAACACUACUGGACUGACAGUGGAAGUCGCUGGGGUCAAACAAUCUUUUCAGUACAAGUCAGAAAACUUAACAAAAGAAAAUGGCUCCUCCAUCUACUUUGCCAUUCGUGCCAUUGAUGGCAGCAACAACGCUGGAAAACCAUCUAAUGCAGCAAGAGCAGUUGUGGUUUUUUCCACAUUGCCAGCUACUCCCACUUCUUCAACUGGCACUUCCACACUGCUAAGUACUGCCAUUAGUCCAAACAACACUACCACUGCUCACACAACUUCCUCUGCCAUUAGUCCAAACAACACUACCACUGCUCACACAACUUCCUCUGCCAUUAGUCCAAACAACACUACCACUGCUCACACAACUUCCUCUGCCAUUAGUCCAAACAACACUACCACUGCUCACACAACUUCCUCUAAUGUGAAACCCACUGGUGCUAAUGAUCCUGAGAUCAGUGUGAUAAAUGACACAACCAAAAUUGUGAUCAUUGUAUGUGCUUCUGUGAUCAUUAUUUGUGUUAUUGUAAGUAUAACCAUCUGCGUUGUACAUAAGCGAAGAAACAGAAGUCCCCAGACUGGAAUGUAA